AUGACUCAACCAAAUUUAAUGUUGUAUUCUUUUGGAUUAGAACCUGAUAUUAUAGAUAAAUUAUUAAAUUUAAUUAAUGAAAAUGAAGAACUUAAAGAAAAACGUACUAAAGAUAAACAUAUAAUUUGUACUCUCUUGUGGUGGAAACAAUAUCUUCCAAUUAAUGAGAUAUGUGUUACUUUUGGUAUUAGUCCAAAAACAUUUCAAAAUCACUAUAGCCAAACCAUUCGUUCACUUUGA